UUUUAAGAAAUUCAAAAUGAGAGGAAAAGCUAGGAAAGGCCAAAUAAGUGCCGAUAGCAUUGAUCCUGAGUGGAAAACCCAAUUCUCAGGAUGAAGGAAGCUAGUCCAUGAGUUGCCACUCACACUUGAAAGAGUUAUAGGCAUGGGAAUUUACUCUAACCAUUCCCUUUCUAUCAACCAUGAGACUGGCCAGGUAGUAUACCCAACCGGAUCUGUAUUGUGCUUAAUGGAUAAGUCUAAAGAUACCAAGAAUAUGUCUUUCUUGUUUAAUGAAAGUAACAAGACUUUCAGGUGAGUAAAAUUCUCAAAUGAUGGCAUGAUGCUAGCAGCUGGUGAAGGAGUAACUAAGCAACCGGAGAUCUGCGUUUGGCAAUUUAAUGAAGUUUCAGAAGACUAUGAACCUUAUUGAAGACUCAAAGGACAUAAAUUAUGAAUAGAGUCGGUCCAUUUCUCACCAGAUGGUAGAUACUUGGUCUCAUUGGGCAAUAAAAACGAUAAAGGACUUUUUGUCUGGGAUUUAAGCACUAAGAAGAAUAUUACCUGAAACAAACUGACCAAGUGGGUCAAAGACCUGGCAUUCUCAGAAGAUAGUUCGUAUUUCAUUACUUGUGGGUCUAGUCACUUCAAAUUCUGGCAUUUUGAUGAAGAAGGUGAGCCUAUUAAGACACUUGUUACUGAUACACAAGGAGAGCAAGAGCAUUAUGCUAUGGAAAAUCAAGCAGUUGAUCUUACUAAAGUUGAUUCAAAAGAUUUUGUGGGAGUCGUAUGAAAGGAUUUGAAUACUUAUACUCUUUCUUCAAAAGGAAAGCUCUAUGUAUUCAACCCAAAUCGGAAAAUAGAAAAAUGGAUGGAUAUUAAAACUUCCCUUGCUUUUGGACUUUCACUUAAUGGGGAUAGACUCAUCUGUAAUUGUGCUAAUGGAAUAAUAAGAAUUUUUCAGACAGAGACUUUAACUCAUCUUCAGACAUUGCCAAAGCCUCCAUGUCUUGGAGGAGCGAAUCAUGUAAUUGGAGCAAAGAAAGAAAAACAAGAAUCUCAGAAAAAGCAUCUUUAUGGGGAUUGCAUAGCAGCUGAAUUUGAUGAAAUGAAUGAGAAAAUAAUAGCAGUGUAUUCGGAUGGGAUGACUUUAAUUUGGGAUGUGAACUCCACUGAGAAGCCUAAAGUUAUGAGGUCCUUUAUCUCACAUAAAUCUGCUAUUACUGAUCUUGAUAUUCUUCCAACUUCUACUUCUGAAAUCACCAAGUUUGCCACAUGUUCUUCUGAUAAAACAGUCAGACUCUGGAACUUCUAUGACUACUCAGAUCGUAACCUCCGAGACUCAGUUCGAAGGAACAUUUACUGCAAAGAGCUUGAGCAAAUCAUUUACUUGGCUGAUGACUUCUCUCAUUUCCAGCUUAAAGAAGUUGAUGAAGACGAAAAGACUGACAUGAUUGGGGACUCACAAGAUGAAACCGACAAACUCAAGUGUGUCAAAGCGUCACCAGACGGAGCCCACAUUGCUUGUGGUGAUGGAGAGGGCAACAUCAAAGUCUUCGAUGUGCAGACUUCACAGAUGAUCAGUGAUAGAAAGUGACACGACCAAGAAGUCACCAGUCUUGACUACAGUCCGUUCUUAGAUGACGACGAUGACUACAUACUGGCUUCAGCAAGCAGAGACAGAAUGAUCCACGUGUACAAGAGCGGUCAUGAAUACGAUGCUGUGAACUCGCUCGAAGGCCACUCUUCAUCUAUCCAUGACAUCAACUUUGCUUUUGACAAAGACGAAGUUGAUCCCAGCAAGAGACUCAAACUGUUGUCUUGUGGAGCAGACAAAACCAUCAUUUACAGAGGGGUCGAAGGUGCCAGUUCAAUCACCAACUACCACAAACAAGUCAUCAAGAACAACAAGUUCACUUCGAUGCAUGUUAGCGGCUCCAAAGUGGUCGUCGGUCUGGACAAACUGACUGCGGUCUACGACAUCUCAACUUACAACAAGCUCUAUGAAAAAUAAGCCUGAAUUGAUGAAAUCAACUGGCCAGCUCAAUUACACCCAGGUGUUGCUGGACAGGUCAGGGACUUUCUUGGUCAGCUCAUGCAGCGACAAAACAUUUACAGUGCAGGACACUCUGGUGGGCACUCUCGUGACAAGAGCAUCGUUUGGAGAACAAGUCACUUCGAUCCAGCUGACUGUGGACAACAAACACCUGAUCACAACUUCGGUAGAAGGGUCCAUUUACUUCUGGAGACUCAACGAGCAAAUCACCAAGUGCAUCAACCAGCGACUCAACAUUCUAGAACUUAAAGUGCCAUCGCUUCAUGAGCCAGCUGAGCCGAGUCUGAGAAUGCCACCUCUUGUUGUUAAGAAGAAGGCUCCCAGACACAACCUUCACAAAAAGCAAGAGUCUGAUGACUGGGAUGAAAGCUGAGGCAAGCUUCCAUUUGCUGGCAAAAACCCUGGCGAAAUCCUGCUCCAGAUGAACAGAGAACGCAAGGCUCAGCAAGAAGAAGCCAAGACGCCUAAAGAGCUUACAGAGUCACAGUUCGUCAGACACGAACAAGCUAAAGAAGUCAGCGACAUGGUCGGCAACAUUGCUAACGACAUCUGAAACAUGUUCGAAACAUCGAACCAAGAAAGCAUCCGCAACAACGCGAAGGCAGCUUCACCAAGCAAAGAAGUUGAGGUGUCUUACAAGAAAGCCCAGGACUCCGAGAUGCUGCCGGUAGAAACUGGGUACAUUCCAGACUGGGCUCAGACUAAUAUUGAGGCUCUGGGCGACAAAGCUAAAGAGGGAGGACACCAGUUAGACAAUGCUGAGAGUUGUUUGACUUUGACACCGAACGAGAGUGCAGACCCAAAGAACUCGACUGGGAAGUUUUGACAAGAUCAUAGCUCAGAAGAGAAAGGAUCAGAAAGUGCUUCUAAUAGAAAAUAAGUGGAAACAAUCAAAGAGAUCUGCUGAAAAAGAUAAAAAGGAAGUGCUCCAUGAAGUUAAACAAGAACUCAAGGUUGAAGAUUACGACGACUUAAUCGAUGAAGUUCCAGAAAAAGUGGAACUUCAUGAUAGCUCUUCUAAUGAGAUUGAAAAUAUUUUGAUGAAAGAAUCUAAUGAGAACAAACCACCAUUGCGAAGUAAGAAGCAAUGGGAUAAAUCCAAGCCUAAUGCUGUCAAGAAAGCAAUGGAAGGAGAUCAAGGAGCAAACGAUUAUUAUGAAGCAAUGAAGUUACUGAGACAAGGUUCUAUCACUCUUGAAGACCUUCCAGAAAAUUUUAAAGAUAAACUAGAUACUAUUUCUCAAACACCUAAACCAAAUACUCAUUUACCUGUCCCUCAAAUGGAGUCAGGAUUUGCAGAAGCCUCUUUCGGACAAAAGUCUGAGAAAUUACAGAGAAUUAGACAGAUGAAUGAAAAGGAAGAAAUUCGUGUCGAAAAGAUGGACUCACCACAAGACCAAAGUCAAAAUGAUCUAAACGAUGUCAGUGAUAUUCGGAUUCCUCAAGAAACAGAAAAUUCUGCAUCAAAAAUGCCUCUAAAAUCAAGGAUCCCAGGUAUAAAGAGAAGCCCUCCAAAAUUUGAUUCAUCAAAAGACAAAAAGACUAGAAGCUUUAUUGAAGAACAUGAUGAACUAGAAGAUGCUCCUAUCCCUCAUUCACUAGAUGAUGAGAAGAGUCUAGGAGAAGGUCCUCCUCUCAACAAGUUUACCUCUCAUCAGUUCUUGGAGGUGAACAAACGACCUGUGAAGCAGAAGGAUGAUUACAGUAUGAAUAAUAAUGACAAUAUUUCUCAACAACCCAGAGUUAAAUCUGAAGCAGGUUAUGAUAAAGAAGAGUUCUCACAGAAAGAAGAAAGCGUUCAUAUGGAUGGCAAUAAUGCUCAGGAUACUAAGAGUGAGACUCAUAACUACCCUCAGAUGGAAAGUGUGGGGGAUACUGAGCUAUAUAAACUGCAUAAUGACUCUACCUUCCCUCAAGAAGCUGAUGAGAUGACUAAUGCAGCUGUGAAUACUACAUUGAAGAUGGAAUUAGAGAAAAUAAAUGAAUCUUUGAUGAAAAUUGUGACAGUAGCAGGAAGAAAGGAUUCUAAAGGAGUGAAGAUUCUCCCUGAAGUUUCUGAUGGGAUGAAUCAAUCCUUCAAUCUCUUACUCACAGCCAUGGCAAGCUUAAAGCAUCAGUCGUCAAAUGGAUUUGAAGCAAACGUUAAGUUUUAACUCUCUCUUUCACAGAAAUAGAAAGCAUAAUUGGUAAUAAUUCAAUUAUU